CAUGUCAACACCAAACUUCAAAACCGAACCGAAAGUGCUCUGUAUCAUUACGUUCUCAUGAUUAUUUUCUGUCAGUUUUAGCGGAAUGUCUGAAAGUGGGUCAUUAAGGGCACAGAGAAGCAUGUAUCCUCCGGUGAAGACGGUAAACGCCGCGGCCGACGGGCGGAAAAUGCGCAGCAUCAUCGCGGAGGAUUCUGAAUGGAGUCUCGCUGAAGUUCCUUUACUAACAACACUCUGCCUUCAACAUAUAGUGACACACUUUAAAGAAAACCCCAUUCUGGAUGAACUCAUUCCCCGCCAUAAAGCGUUUGUCCUACGCAGUCUGCCGCCGUCUCUUCCCCUGACUGUUACCGCAAACCUGAUCAGUGAUGAGGGCUACUGGAAACGCUGUUAUCUGGAUCGCUGGGGUCUCGGUGACGUCUCCACGUACGGUAACAGCUGGAAACGCAUGUUCUUUGAACGUUACCUAGAGGGCCUCAUUGAACUCUUUAUUCCAGAUGUAACCGACACCAAGACGGUCCUGAAUGUGGUGCCACUGUGUAGAAACUACGUGAAGCGCUUGGAUAUUUCUCAGCUGCUUCCACCCAUCAAAGAGCCACCCAGGUUUGAUGAGGGCUCUGAUUGUGCCAGUGAUGUGGGCAGCGAAGGACCCUCCAUGGAUCACUUUGAUUUCGGAAUUCUGCUUGACAAACUGACAAACAUGGAAGAGCUUCAUUUGGUGUAUGGAGUGAAGGGAUGCGGCAUGAACUUCGAGUGGAAUCUUUUCGAGUUCACCUUCAGAGACUGUGAAUCGCUGGCCAAAGCCCUGAAGUCCUGCAAGACCUUAAAGGUCUUUAAAAUCCACCGCAGUAAAGUCGACAAUGACAAGUGUUGCGUACUCGUAAGACACCUGCUGGAUCACCCGUCACUGCUGGAACUCGACUUUUCACACAAUCACAUCAGUGACCGCGGAGCCCAAGCGAUCAGCAAACUCCUGAACCGCAGUCAGCUGAAGAGACUGACCGUCUACAACAAUCACAUCAGAGGUGCAGGAGCUCAGGCACUGGCACACGCUCUCGCCAGAAACUCCACUCUGAUGUUCCUCAACCUAAGACUCAACCUCAUCGGGGAUGAAGGGGGUCAGGCGCUGGCUCAGGCUCUGAUGAAGAACAACACCUUGGUGGACCUUCAUCUGGGUGGCAAUAAGAUGACAGAACCGGCAGCCAUGGCGCUGUCUCAAGCCCUGGUGGAGAACUCCACGCUGAAGACUCUAAACCUCUCCAACAACAGACUGGGAGUGGAUGGUGGGAAGGUUCUGGAGGAGGGGAUGUCUCACAACAGCAGUCUGGUGAAGUGUGACAUUCGGCUGACUGAUGUGGGUCAGGAUAGUGAGUACAGCAUCACUCAGGCUCUACACGCCAAUCAAAACCAGGCUGGACGCAAACAUCAAACAUGACUAUGUUCCUAAUACAAAAGUCUGAGUCAAAUAUGAAUUAUAAGCCAUGGAAAAACAUACGAAAUAAAUAAAACUAUCAAAAUAACUAAAAUAUGUCUAUUGAGAGCUACAGGAUAAAGGACUUUUGGAAAAUGUUUUGAUGUGUUCAGUGAUUUGCAUUGUAUAAAUAUAUCUAUUAUCCUCAAAUGAUGAAAUAAUUGAAACAAGAAUUGGUGUUCUGGAUUAAGCAACUUCUGAUCAUGAAUUGAACUAGUUAGUGGUGUUUGCGUAUUGAGUGCAUGGCUCCCACAGAUAGAGAUUAAUUGGGCUUGGGUAGCUCAGCGAGUACUGAUGCUGACUACCACACCUGGAGUCACGAGUUUGAAUCCAGGGUGUGCUGAGUGACUCCAGCCAGGUCUCCUAAGCAACCAAAUUGGCCUGGUUGCUAGGGAGGGUAGAGUCACAUGGGUAACCUCCUCGUGGUUGCUAUAAUGUGGUUCUUGCUCUCGGUGGGGUGCGUGGUGAGUUGUGCGUGGAUGCCGUGGAGAAUAGCGUGAAGCCUCCACAUGCGCUACGUCUCCACGGUAACGCGCUCAACAAGCCACGUGAUAAGAUGCACGGAUUGACGGCCUCAGAUGCGGAGGCAACUGAGAUUCGUCCUCCGCCACCCGGAUUGAGGUGAGUCACUACGCCACCACGAGGACUUAGAGCGCAUUGGGAAUUGGGCAUUGGUCAUUAAUUAAGAGAUUAAUUAGCAAGCAGUUUGUUAAGUGGCAAAGGUCACAAGCUAGGUUUCCAUUCACAUUUUUUUUUAUGCAAAUUAUGGGAUAUCGCAUCACAAAUCCUGGAUGGAAACACCAAGAUGCAAAUAAAAUCUCCAAAAUGCACAUCACUGUGUAACAAUUUUUAUUUUUAUUUUUUUUAUUUUUUUUGUUCCUGGGUAGUAAGUGUUAUUUCCUAAUUGCUUAUGCCUCGAAAGUAUAGAAAACGUCUAUUAUUCCUCACAAACUUUGCUUUUGUGACCAGGACAGUGAUAUUUUAAAAUGUACCUAUUUCCAAUGAGAAAACAGGCAAAUUUGUGUCUUUUUGUUCACAUAAAGUCAGAAAAAAAACAACAUAUGAAUCCAAAUUAACAUGUAUUUAUACUAAAGUAAUAUUCAAAGCCGUGCUGGUCCAUAAUGGUAACAAGUACCCGUCUCUUCCCCUGGCUCACUCGGUGCACCUCAAAGAGGAUUACAACAGCAUCACGACCUUGCUGGACGCCUUGAAGUAUGAUGAGUACAGCUGGGAGGUCAUAGGAGACUUCAAAAUGGUGGCAUUCCUGAUGGGUCUCCAAGGCGGUUUUACCAAGUUUCCCUGCUAUCUUUGCCUUUGGGACAGCAGGGACACCAAGGCGCACUACCACAGGCAGGACUGGCCACAGUGGACCGAGUUCUCUGUGGGGAGGAACAACGUCAAGCGGGAGCCACUGGUGGACCCCCGGAAGGUGCUGAUGCCACCAUUGCACAUCAAAUUGGGCCAUAAGAAACAAUUUGUCAGAGCUCUAGAUAAGGAGUCGGCAGCCUUCAAGUACCUUCAAGACUUCUUCCCUAAGCUGUCUGAGGCAAAGGUCAAAGCCGGUGUCUUCGUCGGACCACAGAUAAAGAAGGAUUUUGGAUUCAAAUGUUGUUUUUUUCUGACUUUAUAUGAACAAAAAGACACAUUACAUUCGUAACUUGGAUGAAAACAUGACUAAUGACAGUGAGUAUGUUGAAGACUUCCAGAAAUGCAGUAUCUUUGACCAGCUGAAUCAAAGACAGUUAUUUUUACACUCAUUAGUGUGCAGUAAUCACUCUUUAAAGUUGUAUUUUAAAGAAAAGAAAGAUAAUUUCAGGGAGCUUAUUUCUGUGAUACAGUAUCCAUUCAGAUUUUUACAUUAAACUCAGUGAAAGUAUUUUAAAUUACAACAUAUAGCACAGGUAAUUUAAUGGAGAUUUAUUAAACUUGGACACACAUAUUUGGCCUCCAACCUGAGAUGUGCCACAAACUGAAUAGCCAACACUGAUAGUGUUUACAGACUCGGUGAGAUAUGACAUUUGUUAUUGUUGAAGCACUAUGCAGCAGCAUAAAAAAUGUCUUGCAUGUCAUUAAAUCUACAGAAACUAAAAUAACCAUAUCUGUUUAGGCAGUGGAAUAUUUCUGUAUGACAUACAGUCCGCUCAGUGUAAUCGAAACAUUACAGAAAAAUAUUACUUCGUUUAUCUAAAAACGAUUUUUCCCAUCGUUUUAAUAUACAUCAUUAUUAAUCACUUCUGGUUUACCUUAUACUGUACAUCACAACUAGAAUGUGAUUAUUGACUGUUAAACAAUGUCAUUGUAUUGUUAGACAAGACAAUAUCGUUAUAUAUUUCCACCAUACUGACUGUGUAAUGUGCACAUUUAGUGUAUGACAAGAACACACGAAAACAUUCACUUUCUAGUUGCAUUUAAAAAUCUGACAUUCAGUGCACAAUUAUAAUUAAUUUGUUUUACAAAAUGUUUCAUAUAUACUAUAUACUAUAUACUGAGACAUAAAGCACGAGCUGAAAACACGUGUUCACUUAGAAACAUCAUCCUUUAAUCACACUUGUGAUUUUUCCAUGCUUUUCUACCCAAACUAGUGUAAAAAUUAUAUUUAAAGGGAUAUUCCGGGUUCAAAACAAGUGACGGUCAAUGGACAGAAUUUGUGGCAUAAUGUAGAUUACCACAAAAUAAAAAAAUAUUUUUGACUCGUCCUUCCUUUUCUUUAAAAAAAAGCUCAUCUGGGUUAAAGUGAGGCACUUACAAUGGAAGUCAAUGGGGCCAAUUUUUGAAGAUUCAAAUUCAGUUUCCAAAGUAUAGACACAACACAUAAACAAUAUGCGUGUAAACAUGAUUUUAGUGUUAUUGAAUCACUUAAUGACCUUUUCUGUGUAAAGUUAUAUCCAAUUUUACAACUUCGUUGCCAUGACGAUGUUAGUUCAACAAAUCCUAAAACAAAUAAAAAUGACAAUUUAAAUAACUUUACAGCUCAAAAAAUACACACGUUUUAAGAGGAGAAUUAAUGUAAGUGCUUUUAUAAAAUUAUAAGCUUCACAUUUCUGCUUUUAAACCCUUAAAAAAUUGGCCCCAUUGGCCCCAUUGACUUCCAUUGUAGUUACUUAACUAUAACCUCAAUUCUUGCUUUAUUUUUUAAUAAUAGGAUAUCUGAUUUUUUUAUUUUUUUUUUAUUUUUUUGUGGUAAUCAGCAUUGCUGUCGAUUGAGCUUAACUUGUAUUGAACCCGGAAUAUUCCUUUAAGAGAGAUUGUACAGCUAUGCACAUCACGUUGACAAUUCAAAAUCCCACAUUUUAGCCAAAGUAGAACCCCAAAAAAGGAAAUUAUUCAAAUGAAAUGUGAAGUUUGUAAAUUCUACACCGCUGUUUUUCAGACACUCCCACUUAACUGUCAUUGGUCGGACAAUCAGGUGACUCCGCCCACACUUUGCACCAUUAGUCGAGCCAUUAUCGUUAUGUCCAGCCCAGUCGAGCUGCUCAAACAAGCAGAUUGCAAUUCCAUUUGGUGCCACUAAAGGCACAGAAAUUAUUUUACAUUUUUAAAUGAGUUUGAUGCAAAAAAAUCAGUAUUUGUCUGAAACAUGUUUAUAUUGUGUCUGUUGGUAAAUGUAGGCUUACAGAAUUUACAGUGUGUAUUGUAUUGUAAAUAAAGCCUGAGGGCAGCCAGUGGCCAUGA